AUGCCGAACUCCUCCGGUCUGAUGAACGCCAGCCUGAGCGUGGCCAUCCCGCGGUACGGCGGAUGGAACGCCUUCAGCGUGUGCGAGACCCUGGCGGCCGCCAUCGGGAUCCUCCUCAACGGCCUGGUCAUCCUCGUCUGCCUGACCAACAAGCGGAUGCACACGCCCUUCACCGCCUACCUCCUGGCCGUCACCGUCUCCAACUUCCUCAUCCUGUGCGUCUUCACCCCGCUGGACGUCAUCAGCUCGGUGGUGACCCUGCGGCAGUACGGCCGCCUAGCGUGCCACAUCUACCUGUACUUUGCCUACGUCUUCGGCGGGGUGCUCUUCAACGCCCAUGUCCUCAUCACCGUCAAUCGCGUAUGGGCAAUUACCUUCCCGCUCUCCUACCGCAACCACCACAGCCUCCCGGUGGCAGGUGCGCUGGUGGCCGGGAUGGUGGCCUACGUCCACGCGGUGUGCCUGCCGGUGGUGGUCAUCGACGCGCUGUACUACCGUCCGAGUUUGACGCGCUACGGCUGCGUCCUGAACGUCGAGGCGCAGCUGACCUGGACCAUCUGUCUGCAGUUCAUCAUCUACAUCUUCCCGGUGGUCAUCAUCGCGCUGGCGUACCCGUUCCUCUGGUACAAACAGCGCCAGCGGACCACCAAGAAACAGGGAAACUCCACCGACGCGUCGCUUAGUGAAGCGGCCUCCCUCACCGCCAAACCCCCACCGCGGGCGCCGGCCAAACGCCAGCACACCAGCGGGUUUAUCGUCCUCACCGUCGUGACCGUCAUCAUUAUGGUGUCCUUCGCGCCGACCCAGAUCGUCUUUACCGCGUCCUUACUCGGCGUCCAGCGCGGUCUGGAGAUCCCGGGGAUGAUCGCCGCGUUCCUGCAGCUCAUCCAGCCGGCCACGGACCCGGUGCUCUUCAUGCUGUGCCUGGGAAAUCUGCGCGCCGGGGUCGGCCAGCUGUUGGGGUGGAAACGGGCGUGA